AUGUCAGAAAACGAGCUUAACUCUUGUAAAUUUACCCAUCCAAUAUGUCAGCAAGAAAUCAGAGGUUGUCAUGCAAUGUUCGACCACAGGCCAUUUAAAUUAUUCCUUCUUUUAUUUGUAUUUUUCAUUGUAAUUGCAAUUUUCCUUCUAGCAACCAGCUUUUCAUAUAAAGAAUAUAAGGUUAGAUACGAUGAUAAAUGCCAGGAUGGAGAAACAAUUACAGUUACCCUUAAUAUCAAAGAAGAAUUAAAAGGAAACAAAUUUUUCUACUACGAACUUCAUAACUUUUACCAAAAUCACUUCAGAUUCGAAAGCUCCCUAGAUCGUGAGCAAUUUCAUGGUCGUGCUCCAAAAAAUACGAGUAAAUGCGCCCCAAUGGAAGAAAUCAAUGGCACACCGCUCGCACCAUGCGGAUUGUAUCCUAAGCUCUUUUUCACAGAUUACUAUUCUCUUCCUAGCGUUUAUAACUUCAGCGAAACAAAUAUCGCAUGGCAAGGCGAAAUUGAUAAGUUAUACAAAACAUUGAGCCCUGAAUAUAAAGGAAAGUCCAGAUGGAUGCUCAGCGGAUUACAAUUUCAAUACUUCCCCGGUGAAAUCAGAAAUGAACAUUUCAUGGUUUGGAUGAGAUCUGCAAAUAACCCUACGUUCAAGAAAUUAUUCGCUCAUACCGAAGAAAAAAUACCAGCAGGUGAUCUAAACGUAACGGUCACUUGUAACUAUCCGAAAGAUAAAUUCAAGGGAGAACGUUAUAUAUCAUUAGUCAAACCAUCAAUAUUGGGAGGAAGAAACCAAGUGAUUUACAUUACAAACUUUGUUUUAUGCGGUUUCCUUUUGAUUGGAAUGCUUGUAUUUAAAUUCAUUCAAUCUAACCGUCGUGCAGGCUAUGAUCAGCUUAAGGCAGAUCUUGAUGAUGAAAUUCCUGUUUAA